AUGGCGGUCCCCAACACGUUAGCCGCCGAGGAUGGCGCCCUUUCUCCGAGUCGGCCAACAUCGCAAAUGGCUACGACCACCGUGAGCGUGGAGGGAAUGACAUGCGGCGCAUGUACCUCUGCAGUCGAGGGCGCCUUCAAAGGUGUUGAAGGUGCUGGUGAGGUUUCUGUGAGCUUGAUGAUGAGCAGGGCCGUCAUCCACCACGAUCCCAGUCUCCUGCCUCCAGAAAAAGUCGCCGAGAUGAUCGAAGAUUGCGGGUUCGAUGCGACUGUAAUAUCUACCGAUAGUUCCUCGAUUCCGACGCAGAGCUCCGGCGAUUUGAAGGCACAUGCGACGAAUCUCGCGACGACAACACUGGCGGUUGGAGGAAUGACAUGCGGGGCUUGCACUUCUGCAGUAGAAGGCGGGUUGGCCGAGAACUCUGGCGUACGAUCUGUCAAUGUCUCGCUGCUCUCCGAGCGCGCAGUGGUCGAGCAUGAUCUGUCGACGGUCUCGGCCGAGCAGCUUGCGGAGAUAGUGGAGGAUCGUGGCUUUGAUGCAAGGGUGCUGGAAACCACGACAUCCCAGGCUGACCCUCGCGGAUCUCAGGACUUUACAGACACCCCCUCUCAGUCGACGAUCACCACUGUUGCCAUUGAGGGUAUGACAUGCGGCGCAUGUACGUCGAGUGUACAGGGUGCCUUCGACGGCGUGGAGGGUGUGAUCCAGUUCAACAUCAGUCUACUCGCUGAGCGAGCAAUCAUCACCCACAAUCCUCAAAUGCUCUCUUCCCAGAAAAUCGUCGACAUGAUCGAAGAUGCGGGAUUUGAUGCCAAGGUUGUUUCGGAAGUUCAGGCGCACGCUCAGAAAGGCAACCUGACUCGAGUGACGCUUGACCUCCACGGCUUGCGCGAUGCGAGCUCUGCUGCGGGUCUGGAGGACUCUCUAAUGCAGAAAUCAGGCGUUGUCUCGGCUUCAGUGACUCUCGCUACCUCUCGACUGGUGGUUUCAUACGACACCUCUAUGGUUGGAAUCCGUGCAAUUGUUGCCAUCAUCGAAGCCGCAGGAUACAAUGCUUUACUCGCGGACUCUGAUGAUAAGAAUGCGCAGUUGGAGUCUUUGGCGAAGACCAAAGAGGUCUUGGAGUGGAAACGCGCCUUUCUGGUCUCCCUCUCUUUCGCCAUCCCCGUGUUCCUGAUCAACAUGAUCCUUCCGAUGUACCUACCAAUGCUCGACUUUGGCGGGACUCGAAUUAUCCCGGGUCUUUAUCUUGGCGAGCUUGCCUGUUUAUUACUGACAAUCCCUGUGCAAUUCGGUAUCGGUAAACGGUUCUACAUCACAAGUUAUAAGUCCCUACGGCACCGUGCCCCAACCAUGGAUGUUCUCGUUAUGCUGGGCACUUCAGCGGCUUUCUUCUACAGUGUCUUCACAAUGAUUGUAGCCAUUCUUCUGGAGCCUCACAAAAGGCCCAGUACCGUCUUCGACACGAGUACUAUGCUUAUCACUUUCAUUACACUCGGCCGUUGGCUAGAGAACAGAGCCAAGGGUCAAACGUCUGCUGCUCUUUCCCGGCUUAUGUCUCUUGCGCCAUCGAUGACAACCAUCUAUGAUGAUCCAAUAGCGGCCGAGAAGUUAGCGGAGGACUGGGAAAAGUUAGGCUCGGAAGAGCAAACGCCAGCUUCUUCAAAUGACAGACCCACCGUUUCCCAGAGGGUCAUCCCCACGGAGCUCAUUGAAGCUGGAGAUAUUGUCGUCCUUCAUCCGGGCGACAAGGUUUCCGCCGAUGGCGUUGUUAUUCGGGGCGAAACUUAUGUUGAUGAGAGUAUGAUCACUGGUGAAGCAUUACCCAUCCGUAAGACUAAAGGAAGCAUGGUUAUCGCUGGUACAGUAAAUGGUACCAGCGCAGUUGACGUCAAGGUCAUUCGCACCGGCAAGGACACUCAGCUCAGCAAGAUUGUGAAACUUGUACAGGACGCACAAACAAGCCGGGCUUCUAUCCAACGCAUGGCGGACAUCGUUGCUGGCUAUUUCGUCCCAUCUAUCAUCAGCCUGGGGUUGGUUACCUUCUUUGGCUGGAUGUUCGUGAGUCACCUGCUGCCCAACCCUCCGAAGAUCUUCUCUGCGGAAGAAGGCGGAGGCAAAGUCAUGGUCUGUCUGAAGCUGUGUAUCUCGGUCAUCGUUUUUGCUUGUCCUUGCGCACUGGGACUCAGUACUCCCACUGCGGUAAUGGUUGGCACGGGAGUUGGCGCGACUCAGGGGAUCCUCGUCAAGGGCGGUGCUGUGCUCGAAGCUGCCACCAAGAUUACCCAUGUUGUAUUUGACAAGACCGGUACUCUGACAACAGGGAAGAUGAGCGUCACCGAGGCCAAAAUCGAGCCUCAAUGGGCUUCAAAUGACUGGCGGCGUAAGCUCUGGUGGUUAAUUGUUGGACUCGCCGAGAUGAACAGUGAACAUCCUAUUGGGAAAACGAUCUACUCAGCAGCAAGGGACGAAUCAGGAAAUUCCGGCGAGGGUGGUCUGCCAGGAAGCCUCGGCGACUUUGAUGCCCGCGUAGGCAAAGGCAUAUCUGCCUUGGUGGAGCCUGCCUCCAAUGUCGAACGCGUCCGGUACCGUGUCCUAAUUGGAAAUGCUGCGUUUCUAGAGUCCAACGGCAUUGCUGUCCCCGAAUCCGCUGAGCAAACACCCGAUGCACCCGGUCCCAAGAACUCUAAAGUCGGCAUCACUCAGAUCCACGUGGCUAUUGACGGCCAAUACGCCGGUACUAUCCUACUGCAGGAUACCGUUAAGGUAACUGCUGUAGCUGCUGUAGCCGCCUUGCACCGGAUGGGGAUCUCAACCUCUUUGAUCACAGGCGACUCCCACGCAGCAGCCAUCUCAAUCGCCUCGGCCGUCGGUAUCCCGCCUGAAGCCGUCCACGCCUCCGUCACCCCCUCGGCCAAGCAAGGACUCAUUGAAUCCCUUCAAGACAGCGGCGAGCGCGUCGCCAUGGUCGGCGACGGUAUCAACGACUCGCCCGCUCUAGCCACAGCGUCCGUCGGCAUCGCCCUCGCCUCAGGCACAGACGUCGCUAUGGAGGCAGCGGACAUCGUCCUCAUGCGGCCCGACGACCUCCUUUCCGUCCCGGCCAGUCUUGCUCUCUCCCGCUCCGUCUUCAACCGCAUCAAGCUAAACCUUGUCUGGGCCUGCGGGUACAACGUCAUCGGCCUCCCCUUUGCAAUGGGCCUCUUCCUUCCCUUCGGCGGCUUCAUGUUACCCCCCAUGGCUGCCGGCGCCGCAAUGGCCCUCUCCAGCGUCUCCGUCGUCGUAAGCAGUCUCCUGCUUAAAUUCUGGAAACGCCCCUCUUGGAUGGACGCUGAGCUCCUGGAGAGGGAAUUCGAUACGUCCUCGGACGGCGACUCACGGAAGAACUGGCUCGGAGCGACGCUCUUCACUUCUCCCAACACCACUCGUCGUGCUAGGCAGUGGGUCCAGGGCGUCGCUGCUAGGGUCUGGUCUGUUUUCACGGGACGCCCGAACCAGUCAUCCGGUGUCGAGCCCAGCUAUGUGCCUCUGCAGACGGUGGAGCCGGCUGUCUAG